GUUCAUCUUACAAGUUACUACAAUCAAGAUGAAGUUGCCCUCGCUUACAAUGUCAUUUCUAAUUAUCAUUUCCUUAUCAUUUAAUCUAUCGACGGCUGAGUAUCAAAAGUUCGUCGAUACUUAUUGCAACACCACCAAUGGCAAAUAUAGCAAAAACAGCGAAUUCGCCAUGAACCUAAACACCCUCCUAUCCAAUAUAUCCUCCUUCGUCAACUACUUUAACGGCUAUUACCGGCUCGCAGCCAAAGGAGAUUUCAGCACUUAUGACGAUGUCCAUGUUAUAACCUACUGCCGAGGAGAUCAAGACGAUUCGGAUUGCAAGUCUUGCCUACUUGAUGCUACUAAAAGGAUAUUGGAAGUCUGUCCUGAACAAAAGGAAGCCAUCGGGUGGCACUAUGUAUGCAUGAUUCGCUAUUCCAACCGCUCCAUCUCUGGCAUACUACAAUUGGAACCUUCUUAUUAUAGGAUGUCUCCAUAUACUGGUCAUGCAAACAUCAGCACAUACAAUGAAAAGCUCGGAUCAAUUCUUAAUCGUUUAAAGGUGGAUGCAAUGGUGAAUUCCCCUAGAUGGUUUGCUAAAGGAUCUGAACAGGUGACUCCUUUCUAUACUAUUUAUGCGUUGGUGCAGUGUACAAUAGAUUUGUCACCGUUUGAUUGCAAGCACUGUAUAGAAACGGGAAUAAAUAGAAGCUCAGGACAAAAGUUUGCGAUUUUUAUGUCACCCGUCUGCUAUGUGACAUUUGAUAACUAUCACUUAUCUAACACUACUAACUCUACUUUGCCAUGGUUGGCACCAUUUCAAGGUGAAUCUAAGAGGAAGCGCAUUUUUCUCUUAGUUGGUUUGCCAACAUUAGCCGCAAUAUCAAUUUUAUUACUAUGUGGAGUAUGGACUCGUAUGCGCAGGAGGAAACUCACCAAAAUAUCUUCUACUUUGGAAGGGUCUGAGAUUAGAAAAAUCGUUCUGGACUCCUUGCAAUUCGACCUACAAACGAUUCGAGCAGCAACAAACAACUUUUUAGCAAAUAAUAAACUUGGAGAAGGUGGAUUUGGUGAAGUCUACAAGGGGUUACUGGAUAAUGGACAUGAAAUAGCUGUUAAAAGGCUAUCAAAAAACUCAGGGCAAGGUGGUGCUGAGUUUGAAACCGAAGUUGUUUUAGUGGCAAAACUUCGACACAAGAACUUGGUCAAGCUCUUGGGAUAUUGUGUGGCAUUGGAAGAAAAAUUACUUGUUUAUGAGUUUCUUCCCAAUUCAAGUGUUGACAGAAUUUUAUUUGAUAAAUCAAAGCAAGCAUAUUUAGAUUGGCACACAAGGUUCAAGAUUAUAGUUGGUGUUGCAAGAGGGCUAUUAUAUCUCCAUGAGGACUCCCCGCUGAAGAUUAUUCAUCGAGAUCUAAAAUCAAGUAAUAUAUUACUAGACGAAGACAUGAAUCCUAAGAUAUCAGAUUUUGGCCUUGCAAAACUUUUCGGAGCAGAUCAAACUCAAGGUGACACUAGAAGAAUUGUCGGAACAUACGGUUACAUGGCUCCAGAAUAUGCAAUUACCGGUCAUUACUCUGUAAAAUCCGACGUUUAUAGUUUUGGAGUUAUUGUACUUGAGAUAGUGAGUGGGCAAAUGAAUAGAUUUUUCGGGCGAAUGCAACUUGAAGAGGCACUACUACAUCGUGCAUGGAGGCUGUGGAAGGAGGGGAAAACAUUAGAUCUGGUAGAUACAACGUUGAGCAAUAAUUUUUCAAAAGAAGAAGUAACUAAAUGCAUCAAUAUUGGUCUAUUAUGCAUUCAAGAAGAUGCCGUUGUUAGGCCGAGAAUGAGCACAAUUAUCGCUGCCCUUAAUAGUCAAGCAAUUAGUCUCCCUGAACCAAAGCCACCCCAUUUCUUUGGUACUACUAAUUAUUUUGAAGAUGAUGACAUAGAACGUAAUUUUUCGAGUGUGUUUACAGGUGCUAAAACGAUAACGGAGUUGUAUCCUCGUGACUAACCUAGGUUAUUACUAAUGUGUUUAGUGUUUUUCUUGUAUGUGUAUAGUCCUUGUAUAAUGUAAUUAGCACAAUUCUAUACACUUUCUUACAAUGGCUUUUAAAAUUGUUGAAAGGAUUGAAGACUAUAAGAGGAGGUUAAUAGUUUAGUUCAGUUGCAGUCGGUUCAGUUUAGCUCAAUUCAAUUCAGUUCAGUUCAGCUGUAAUCGGUUGAGCUCAGUUCAAUUCAGUUGUUUUAUGUCGAAGAGAACAAGCCCUUAUUUUCUCGCUACACCAUUGGC